GAGACGGAAUCAUCUGCGGUGAUCUGCGGGACCGAAGACAGGUAUCUCGCUGCUCGCGUGCGGCGAGAGGAGCGAUUGAACUUUUAACUUGUUUAUCUCGCUUGUCGCUCGGCGCGAUACAAGUAGGAUGUUGUUACGGUGCGCGCAGCGGCCGGGGUGCGUUAACCGUAUGCCACCGAUUACGUCGGUUCCAGCUUGUUGUUGGUCUCUAUCUCUGUUUUCAGUUCGGACGAUGUUGCUCGUCGGGAAAUGGCACUGAUCGAAAGAAUCCCGCGUGAGAGGAUGUUGUACGUCGAGUUACUGUAUUAAUAAUAUAAAUUGACACAAGUAUGUACAUCGCAGGAGACCAGUUGAGAGAUGAUACGCGAACCGUAGAUACAAGACGUGCGCUUGAUUCUGCAAUUGAAAAAUACAAAAGUAUUAUAAUAAAAUCGCCUUCUUCCAUUUAUAGACUUAACCGGAAUUGGCAAAUAGAACCUGAAAUGAGACAUUAUUGGGCUGCAUCCUUCUUGUUACCAGUCGGAUCAAUUUUUGUUCUUGCAGUGGUUGUUUUAUUAAUGGUACUGUUCAAACGAUGUCCUCACACGGUAGCCGCAAUUGUUACUGCACUGCUCACCAUCGUUAUCAUAUUGACAGCUAUAUUGUCACUUAAUCACGAUCCAGUUUAUACUUAAUGCAUUUAUACCAAAUAAUUAUAUAUGUAUAUUGACUUAUAUAUAUUGACCAAAUAAUUAUAUAUAUUGUCUAAGUCUUUCUUCCAUAUGUACAUUGAACUGGGAGUUCAAAACUGAUAUAUACAAGAAUUUUUGUGAUACUUAUACAUAUUGAAUAAAUGGAUAUGUUACUUAC